AUGGCGUUACCAAAAGCUGUGAAUUACUUUAUAGCGAUCUAUCUCGUAUGCUCCAUCUUGUACACAUCUUCAUAUCUUUUAGGCUUCAGAAGAAGCCCGUCUCAAAAGAACCAAGUUCCUGAAAUUAGUGUUGCAAGUUUACAGCAACAUUAUCUCGGUAAACAGCAAGUGGAUUGGACAAACUCGCUUGGCCAAGUGGUAGAGUCAACUCCAGAGGAUCUUGUUCUCAGUAAAGUAUUCUCAGAGACGAUGGGCCCAUCCAAAGUGAUUCCAUAUUACUUUAGAGCAACCGAGAACUUUGAUAACGAAGAAGUUACUAUCGCCACCCUGGUUACCUACAACCGUUUCAAGGUGUUGAGUAGGCUCGCUUCUCACUACAAAGGUCCUGUUUCCGUUGCUAUUCAUGUAAACGAUGACGACACCAAGCAAAAGAUAUUGACUGAUUUGCAUCAACUUUACGAAGAAAACGAGGAUCUUAGACGCUACGUUGACCUUCAUCUAGUCGUUGAUAAGUUUGAUCGUCAAUUCAAUAUGUGGCGUAACGUUGCUAAAUUUUUUGCUCGCACCGAUUAUAUCAUGAUGUUGGAUGUCGAUUUCUACCUCUGCACGGAUUUCAGAGAAUCGCUCAAGAAGAACCCUGAAUUGAUGGAAUUGCUGCGAUCCGGUAGAGGCGCUAUCGUUGUACCAGCCUUUGAAUACGUUGAUGAAAAUGACGGCGAAGAUUGGAACGAUUUCCCCAAGAACAAAAAGGAACUGCUCGUCGACGUAGGCACUGAGAGACUUGAUAUGUUCCACAGAGGUUGGAAGCGUGGACACGGCUCAACAAAUUAUGGGAAAUGGUAUAAGCAAACAAAGCCUUACAAAGUCACCGACUACAACUAUUCCUACGAGCCAUAUGUAAUCUUCAAAAAGGAGGGCACUCCCUGGUGUGAUGAACGUUUCGUCGGUUAUGGUGCAAACAAAGCUGCUUGUCUAUUUGAAAUCUUUUUGGCUGGUAUUGAUUACUGGGUUCUUCCUGAUGAUUUCUUGAUUCAUCAAACUCAUCAUUAUCCUGAAGAUACUAGAGCAAAGGAGCGUACAUACAACAAGAAACUUUACGAUUAUUACAGAGAAGAAACCUGUCUUCGAUAUGCUCGUAUGAUGAUUGCAGCGGAUGAAUGGGAAACGACAAAGGCUGCUAAUCUCAAGAAGGAGUGUGGUAGAAUUCGCGGUUUCAACGAUGUUAUCCAAAAGGUUGCAGCAGAACACAACGAAUUAUAA